GGCAAGAUUUGAGGAACCCUGAUCAUAGAGGAUACAGACGAUCCGCCUCCAGGCCGGCAGAGGGCAGCGGUCCACUAGAUGCCCAGUGACUCCGGUGUCACGUCACGCACGCGGCAAAAACAAACAACGACGUACGCGCGGAAUUUCCCCAAAGAGUAGAUUUUAUUUUUCUGCACAAUUUAGAGACAGAAGCCGUACGUUUUCGAUAUACACAAGCAAGAGAUUAUUUUUUAUCCAGCAACCGCUGCUUAUUCGCAUACUAAAGGGUAUUUUGGAAAUACAUGGUCAUGGAUUCUGCAGAGACGAGAUAUGCCCAUCUGCUGCAGCCCCUGCGAGACCUCACCAAGAACUGGGACAUUGACCUGGCCAGCCAGCUUGGAGAGUAUCUUGAGGAGCUGGACCUGAUGACCAUUUCAUUUGAUGGUGGGAAAACCAUGAUGAACUUUGCAGAGGCUGCACUUUUAAUCCAAGGAUCAACAUGCAUCUACGGCAGAAAGGUAGAGCUCCUUCACACUCUGGUGUUUCAAACAUUAGAUUACAUCUCUAACAAAAACAAAAAACGUGACAAACAAGGUUCUUCGUCAGACGGUAACCAAGAAAAAACCCCUUCAGGCAAUGAAGGCGAUGAUUGUGAGUUUGAUGAGAUUGAGCAGGAUGAGAACGUCAACUCUCAGAAUAUAACGAUGAAAGAUCCAACAGAGCCAGUGAAGAUUAUCCGUCUCCCUCCUGAAUCUCUCAUUCCUGUAGAAUCACUCGAGAAACAGAAAUACCCCCUUCUCAGCCUUAAAGGGGAGCUUCUUGGCAGCUGUAAGGAUUUUCGAAUGAAUCAUUUCACCAUGGAUGAAUCAGGAUUGAUGCGUCUGGGCUCUUCCCACACUCACUUCCUCAAGGAGGUCGCAGAAAUCCAGCACAACUUCUCUGUACAUGAACCUGUGCCUUUAGAUAACGAAGGUGUAGUUGAGGUUAAUGGUGGUUACGAUGAAGAAGAUGGUGGUGCAGAGGUUCUUCCUCCACUGGAAGAUCAUGGGAUGGAGGUGGAGUCUGAAGAGUGGGUGGAAAGACAUCAGGCCCCUAGUGAGGGGAGGAUGUUAAGACCGAGACCUGCAGUACAGCCAAUUCCAGAGGAACCCAAGCAGCUCAAGGAAAUUGUGGACCCUUGGAAUUGGCAUGAUUCAUAUGCUGCAUUUGGGGAGGACAAACCUCUCAAAACAGGGAAGUGUUAUAAAGUGCCCGCUGGUCUUGAAGAGUCUGGAAAGAGGAAGAGGAAGGGUCCUUCAAAACUUCAGGACUUUGGGAGCUGGUACUCUAAAGCCUUUGAGACUGCAGAUCGCAAGCUUAAGAAUGGACCUACUUAUCCUGACCUUAAUUACAUCUUUGUGAGUAAAAUGGGUCAGCGUCUGAAAGCACAGAAGCAGAUCCUCAGGAAAAGGGGUGUUUUUGUCUCCGAUGAGGAGUUAAAGAAAACUUACUUGGAACCAGAGAAUAUUGAGGGCCAGGUCGAGGUUGUCCGGCAUCCAGACGAAGAGGGUGAGGACUUUUCUGAUGAGGAACAUGACAACUUGGUUGAUGCGGAGCACCUUGGUGAACGGGAGCAAAUUUUCCAUGACGUGCAUAUGAGCCGGAUGAGUUAUGAAGAUCUGGUCAAGAAGAGUGUGGACCUGUUUCUGGUGAACUCUCAGAAGUACGCGCAGGAGACUGCGUUGUCUCAAAGAGUCAAAGAGUGGGAGGAUGGAAUCAGUCCUCAUCUUGCUGCUCAGGAGACCCAUCCAGCUUUUGACAUCCAUGAGUAUGGAGACAGAAUUGUCCAAUCACUCUGUAGCGUGGGUGUGAAAAAAUCAUUUGCCUUUGUCGUCAAAGGCAAGGAGAACACAGAAGCCUGCAGAUACAUGCUGGCUACACUGCAGCUGGCCAAUGACUACACUGUGGAGAUUGACAAGAGAGAUGGGCUUGAAGAGAGUGUAGAUACUAUGGAGCUCACGUUACUGACUACACAGAGGGCUCACGAACGUCUCAAAACCUACAACGCACCCUCUGCUACAGAUAUUCCUUGACCUUUUAUGUUUGUUUAUUGCUUAUCAUCUCUUACCUUUGGCCCCAAACAUUAGCUAUUUAUCACCGACAAUGUCAAAGAGAGAAAAUCCACACAAAGAAUUUCUAUGCUUUUCUAUUCUAGGUCUUUUUUUUUUUGUCUGGUAAUUCCUGUAUUCUGAUAUCCAGCACUGUACUUAAGAUUUCAGUUUGGCCUUUAAAUAUGCUGAAGAAUAAAAGAAAUAACAGGUGUUUGAGACCGGCUUUGCAUUUUAAGAAGCGAAUAUGUCAUAUUUAAUUGGCUGAAAUUAUGAUGAAAGUCUGUAAAAUGGCUUUAAAAAAGUCUGUUUCUAUGCAUUCUUUGAGAUUUUAAGAUGAUGGAGACUUUUCCCUCCCAUUUUCAUCUCUAAGUAAACUGCAUUUCUGUACAGUUUCUAAACCAGUUUUAUAGAAUUAUAGGAGACAAAAAUAAAAAAAAGUGAUGCACUAUUU